ACUGUGCGAAGUCUCAUAUGUGCAUGUCGAAAUCUGACAAUGUAACAGCAAUAGCUGGCAUCAGCUAGCAUUUGGAGAAUCUAGAUAUAGGUUAUUAAGUCUCUAACACUGAAAGUUGUAUUUACUUGACUAUGCAUUGGUUUAUUGCUUUAGUCUAUCACUGGGCAUAGAAUUAAACAGGGUUGUUGCAAACCUGCAAGUUAUGCUAUGUGCUAUGCGAUCUGUCUGGUUAUUUGCUGUUGGGGAAAUCGUUUGCUCUGACAUUCCGAAGCCUUAGCCUAAACAUACUGUACAUGUAAACCGCUGACUGCCUAUACACACUUUAAGGAUGUUUAAUUAUGUUUGUGGAACAGAGUUAUUCUCUAUUCGUGCAUUUAAUUUGACGCUAAAUGGAGUGACGCAUGCAUUUAACCCUUCAACUUUUACAUCAGAUGUUCCUUAGAUACGCACGUACGAAAGCGAGUAUUUGAAAGGCGAUUUAAAGGAGCGAAUAGUGUUUUUGAAACUUUCAUGAGAGCAAGAUCACCAUUGUGGGUACUUCAGGUUUUGAACAAAAGACGCCCUAACUAGCUAAGUAUUGUUGACUACAUUACAUAACCGCAUGUAAUGAGCGCUAUCGUCGUAUCUUAAGCCUGUAGGCUACGUGUAAGGGUAUCUGCUAAUAACAUUGGCCUGUCAUGGUACCAGCAUCAGUACUAUAAUGCUUCUUCAAAUAAAAGGACAAGACAUUCACUUAGAAAUACUUGCGACAAUAUCACAGAGAUAUGCGGUGCAAGCUUACACACCAAUAUCACACCAAAUCUUACAUCCAUUUGCACGAUUGUUGUCUCCAGCUCCGGUGUCUGGCGAGUUUCAUAUUUGUUGAUAAUAAACGGAAUGGCAUUCAUCUCUGUCGAACGAUUAGCUCGGUGCAUGUUGUGAAAAAAUUUAAAUACGCUAUAUGCUAGAUUUCCUCGAAAGAGGAGGAUUGCUCAGAUUUCAUGUACCAAAACAAGGUGAACAAGUAGUACUUAAGUUCUACCGAGUCUGUUUUAGCAAACAAUUUUUAAAUAAAGAGAAUAAAAGUUUACGACUAAUGCGCUAAAUUAAUCUCAGUCUGUGUCCGAUGAAGUGCAACAGGUCGGAGGAAACACUCAGAAAGUUACUCUCAUAAGGUUUAAUAAAAGCCACGGAGGCCGUCGAGGAACACUGAUGGACUUUUCAUUUGAAUGGUCUUUCGUUGGCGACAUUAGAUUAACAUUUUAUGUUUAGGAAAUAUGGUUUGUAAGAGCAACAGCAUGUUUACGUGCGAGAAAAUGGGCAUUUCAUAUAUACUUUAUGCAAUACUGCCGUGUUGCUUAGUGAUUUUGUGAGCUGUCGGCUGUCUCUCACUAACUUGUGCGCCUCCGUCUCACUCCGUCUUUCUUAUCUUGAUUAUGCAGCUUGAAGAUUGAGUCAGCUGUUUUGUAUGCAAGUUGCCUUGGCUUGGCUCUUUGUGGAAGAGAGUGCGAUCGUGCUGCGGAUACAGAAAGAGAGAGAGAGAGAGCAAGCGAGAGAGAGAGAGAGAGAGAGAAAGAGAGAAAGAGAGAGAGAGAGAGACCGCGCGUUACAAGAUGGGAUGGAAGAGGAGAUACGAUUCUGCUGAGCACCUUGCUGUUGGACAUUUUAGGUUACUUAUAGCAGCAAAGCGCCUCCUAAAUGACUAGUUUUAGCUCACAAAUUAAACGUACUAUCUGUUUACACUGCUGCAAAUUACACGUACCUGACAGGACGUACAGUAUGUUUGAUGCACAUAUACCCAUAACGGUAUUCGUAAGAGGGAUGUCUGGAUGUUGAAGACCACGAAGUCUUGCAUCACUGAUUGAACGCUGAUAGGAGAAAUGAAAUACUUCUGAACACGUCUGUCAUUGAGGAAGAGCGGCAUUUUUUCCAAAUCACUGUGCAAACUAACUGAGGUCCAAGGAGGUAAAUUAUGCUCAUGAAUCAGAAUUAAGUCUACGAAUAAGAACAUGCGAUGGUUAUUAAAGCUCUACUCAAAGGGGAUAAUCAAAUCGUAAAAUUUCGGCUCAGUUCAGUGCUGGGAUAAAGAGGUCCGAGUCGAUUACGGAGCACUGGGCAUUUCUUGGAAUUCCCGAUUCUUGUGACCUAGUGGCACUGUCUACCAGAAAAUUGGCACUGAUAUUCACCGAUAAAUAGGGUCUGACCGGAUGCUGAUGGAGAGUUCCAGGGAUGUGUGUUCUUACCGGGGAGCUUAGACUGUUGAGCAGGGGCUACACCUCUGGGCCCAUAAAUGACACUCACGCAGCGGGAAGGGCGAAGAGACGAGAGGAUGCAGGAGAUCAGCAAUGUUAACCCCAGGGGAAAUAAGCACAAUCCUGUCUGAGGUGGCUAAACACUGACACCCGUCCACGAGAAAAACGUAACUCUCCGGAUGAAAACUCUGUGUUGGAGCGCACAGGCAGUGUCCUGCUUCUUUUCAUGAAAAAAAGGGCUAGCCUGUUUGACCAAAAACCUGGUAUCCUGCUCCUCUAAAAAUCCUUCCCUGGAUGAUAGAACAGACAUGUAUAGAUCCCAAGUUAUCCUUAAAGUGGGGGAAUAAAUUGACUAUUGAGACUUCAGACUGUGAGACUUCAGCCUGCCUAAAAAGAUCCGUUGUUUUACUCAUCUGUUUCUACCAUUGAUCCCCAUGACUUCAAGUGACGCAACGAUGGCUUGCAGUAGAGGCAUGGUGUUGAGUGCCUUCUGGUCCAUGGCCAUAGUUUAUCUUAUCAACACGAGAGGUGUCAGUGGAGACUGCUGGCUCAUCGAGGGGGAAAAGGGCUUUGUGUGGCUGGCGAUUUGCAGUCAGAACCAGCCACCAUACGAGGCCAUUCCCCAGCAUAUAAACAGCACCAUUGUGGACCUUCGCCUGAAUGAGAACAAGAUUAAAAGCAUCCACUACUCUGCCCUCAGCCGCUUUGCCAAUUUGACAUACCUGAACCUGACAAAGAAUGAGAUCUCCUACAUAGAGGACGGGGCCUUCUCAGCCCAAUACAACUUACAAGUCCUCCAGAUGGGCUUCAACAAAUUGCGGAAUCUGACGGAGGGUAUCCUCAGGGGGCUAGGCAAGCUUCAGUAUCUCUACCUCCAGGCCAACCUGAUUGAGACUGUGUCAGCCAAUGCCUUUUGGGAGUGUAUAAACAUAGAGAACAUAGACCUCUCCAUGAAUCGUAUCCAAGUGCUAGACGGAUCCACCUUUGCCUCCUUGACUAAGCUGAGCACUUGUGAGCUCUACACAAACCCUUUCAAUUGCACUUGUGAGCUUUUGGGCUUUGUGAAAUGGCUUUCGACGUUCCCGAACAGAACAAAUGAACGCAUGGUUUGUGACUCUCCCCAAAGCUACUCUGGUUACAGUCUCUUGAGUCAGAAUCCAAACAACCCUGGGACCCGCCAUGCACUGUAUAUUCUGUCCACUGUGUGCUCUGACGACAAUCCGGAUGAAAAAUUUAUACCCCCCCGUGUGCCUGUUGAAAUCACCACCCCUCCCCCCUCCGUAACAUCCUGUGCAGGGGAUGACUGUUCAUCAGGAAUGGAACCAGAGGAAAUAAGCACCAUUACCGCAUUUGUAGAUCCAGAAACAAAACCAAUAAUGCGGGUGAAGGAGGUGAAACCCAGGAGUGCCGUCAUCGCCAUUCAGAUUCCGCACCGAUUCAAAAAAUUAUACAUCCUGGUCCAGUACAACAACAGCUUCUACACGGUCAUCAAAAAUCUCAAAGAAGAGCAAGAGGAUGUAGAGUUGACAGAUUUGAAACCGCAAACGGUGUACAACUACUGCGUGAUAUCCUUGCGCAACAAUUUAAGUCACAACCACACGUGUCUGCAAAUAACAACAGGGCCGACAGCAGGGAAAGGAAGGACGAGUAGCAAUGCAACGGCUACUCACUACAUUAUGACCAUCUUGGGCUGCCUCUUUAGCAUGUUGAUAGUGUUAGGGGUAGUCUAUUUCUGCUUGCGCAAAAAGCGGCAACAAGAUGAGAAGCACAAAAAGGCAGGCAGCCUCAAGAAAAAUAUAAUUGAAUUGAAGUACGGGGCAGAACUGGAAGGAGGGACUAUAUCACGAAUGACUCAGAAGCAGAUGAUGGCUGGGGAGAGUAUGUCCCGUAUGCCGUACUUACCUUCUGGUAGUGAUAUGGAUCAGUACAAACUUCAAGACAUAAGUGGAACUCCUAAAAUGGCGAAAGGGAGCUACAUGGAGGUUCGCACAGGAGAUCAUCCAGAUCGCAGAGAGUGUGAAAUGGCCAUGCCUGGAAACAGCCAAGGCUCAGUGGCGGAAAUCUCAACGAUCGCGAAGGAGGUGGACAAAGUCAAUCAGAUCAUCAACAACUGCAUAGAUGCCCUGAAAUCGGAGUCCACCUCAUUCCAGGGAGUCAAAUCAGGCGCUGUUUCCACGGCAGAACCCCAGCUCAUCCUGAUCUCCGAGCAGCCACAGAGAAAGUCUGACUUCCUGUCGCCCAUGUACAAAGACAGCUACCACCACUCGCUGCAGAGGCACCACGGCUCCGACGUCUCACCCAAGCGACCGAGCACUGCGACUGGAGGUCCUAUGCGGAGUCCCAGGCCAUACCGUCAUGAGGGGCCCUACAAGUCCGAGUCCAAGUACAUAGAGAAAACCUCACCGACCGGUGAGACCAUCAUGACUGUUACACCGGCUUCUGCGAUUCUAAGGGCAGAGGCGGAAAAGAUUCGACAGUACAGCGAGCAUCGGCACUCGUACCCCGAAUCCCACCAGAUUGAGGAACUAGAGGGACCAGACUGUCGUAAGCCGUCCCUUUUGGAACCCUUGACGCGGCCCCGACCUAGAGACUUAGCUUACUCACAGCUCUCCCCUCAGUACCACAACCUCAGCUACUCCUCCAGUCCGGAGUACUACUGUAAACCGUCACACACCUUCUGGGAGCGUUUCAAGCUCAACCGCAAACGUCACAAAGACGAGGACUACAUGGCAGCAGGCCACGCACUGCGUAAGAAAGUGCAGUUUGCCAAGGAUGAAGAUCUGCAUGAUAUUUUAGACUACUGGAAAGGUGUAUCUGCCCAACAAAAAUCUUAAUCUCACCCUGUGUUUCUGCAAGGUUUCUCUUUUUAAUGGACAAGUGGUGAAAUUAAAAAGAAACCUUAAUACAUUACUACCAUUUUAAUGAAACAGCCCACUUGGACUGAAUGGAGUGAAACGACCCACAUCAGACUUGAUUUUGUGAGUUUCUGUACCAAAUUUAAAAGGAAAUCACUUUUCACAACACAAAGUAAACAUAUUGAAAAUCAAAAAAUAUAUAUGUUGCAAUGGAUUAUAAGUAUUUGGAUAUCGCAUGGCCAAGUCCUGUGACAGUGGAUUUCCUGUUGUGUUCUAUGAGAAAAAAAAAACUUCUAUUAAUUAAGAACAUGUCUCCUGAAUCGUCGGUAUAUUUUCUUGGAGAACAACUGUAUACUCAUCAAAAGACAGAUUUAUCUCCCUACAAAUAUUUGAGUUCAUUCAGAAUUGAGAGGAAACAUGUACAGAUCCCAUUUAUAUAUUUACAAUGUUUGCUGUUUGAAAAGUGAAAAGAUGUGAUGUAUUUGAAUCAGGUCUAGACCAUGGAUUUCAGAGAUUGUCCCUGUGUUUUCAUCUGUUCUUAAAUGAAUGUCUAGGACCCUGACAGAUUUACAUUGCACUGGUUAAUGAAAUGGUAUGUUUCCCAUGAACCACUUUUCCUGUCCUAUGCUUUGCCAAUUUUAAUGCCGUCUGACAAACUGCACAAUACUUCAAACACAAAAGUGAUACUGUGAACUACAUACUGUAUUGCUUCAGUAAGGAGGGUGUGUCCAUCUUAACUACAUAUGACUGGUAAGCUACAGCACCAAAGUAGAAGUAGACACCCGAAAUUUGAUCAUCCCAAUCCAAAUUAGAAAAAAAACAGCAGCAAAUCAUGAACAUUGUUUGCUCUGAAUGCAGAUCGGGUGGUAUUCCAGAAAGCCAUAACCAAGGCCUGAACUCCCAGAUGAUCAAGCUGAUUGAUUAAUGAUUGAUCUAUCCCAUUACAGCUGAUGAGGAUUUGAAUGUUCCCAAACGUGAUCGCUCAAAGUUGUUCGAUCAUCCAGCAACAGUAAGUGUAGGUACAACUUCCUGUUUCAUACAAUUUGUGGUUGAGUGUUGACUUCUGUUUUGUAUACAGACCAUGAAUGUAGGCUUAUAUUUUCAGAGAAAAAGAUGACAGUAUGCACAGGGUUGUUGAAACACUGGCUGAUUCAAUAGAAUUAGUCUAGCCCAAUGGUUCCCCACCUUUGUUCUCUUCUGUACCCCUUGAGCUGUUUUGCCAUUUCAACCGUAUUAAUGAUUCUUCUAAAUGUGUUCUAUUGAAGAUAGAUUUAGCUUUCUGUAUCGAACACGACUGAUAACUGAUUACUAAAGUGUUUGAUCUUGGCCUCUUUUUUCCUUUUGUCACUGGGCUACCCUAAAACCUGAAUCCAGAGUGACAGCAGCUGGACGCUUGAGCCAUUGAUCCAUGUUCGCUAACUAGUUGAUUUGCGUGCUGUUUUGUCAUUUGUGAAUGUGACCUCUUCACAGAGCAGCGCAACAGUUGACACCUGCCACAGGUUGUCUUAUCAUUUUGGAAAUAACUGUAAUCCUCAAUCUUUCCACAUACCCCCUGCACACAGCUCAAGUACCCCUAGGGGUACGCAUACUCUCAGUUCGGAACCACUGGGCUUGCCUACUGUUCAUCUCUUAUUCAAUGUGUUGCCAAGCUACCGAUUUAUUUAAUGAAUCUGAUAUAGAUUGGUCUAGGCUAGGCUGUAGUUUGCCCGCCUAGACUACUUGUCAGAUUCAAGGCAAAUGUAAAGACUCAAAUUUUCUCAUAACGACUGUGACUGCUGAGAAGAAAAAUGCUAACAUUUUAGCUUCAGCAUGAGGCUCCCUCAUAACAAACCGACACUCACUCUGACCUCACUUUUGGGAGCAGAAAACCCUGUACAAAUUGUGAUAUGUUGACAGGCCUGGGUAUGUUGCUAAACCUGCUUUCUGCAAUACCCCCUGCUAUAGUAUUGUAGUUGUGUGACAUUUUGCUCUACUAGAUCCAGACAUUUUUUUUUAUUGUUUACCGAUUAUGUUAGACAUCGUAUAUAGGGAGGACUUCUCUGAUGUUCUACCAAAGUGCUUGGGUGGCAGCUCAUCACUCUCUGCAGACGUUUCCACCAUUUUCGAGCCUACAGCCCUGAGGAUGAAUGUAUUACAUACAUGAUGAUAUAAAGCAGCUCUUUUUUCUGCUGCAAAUUUUGUUAUUCACAGCCAUAUGCUCCCCUGUUUUUCAUGCGGUAUGCUAGGUUUUGAUAUUCAUGCUUCCUUUCAAUAAAUAUAUAUAUAUAUAUAUUUUGUCAGAUCUCUCUCGACAGCAUACAAACAAUCAGAGAAACAAAGAUGUUUGUACACCUAAGGGUCUUGUUCUUGGAUUUUCUAUGGUUUGGCUGAAGCUUUUGUAAAUGUUGAGCUCCUCGAUGUAGAAAAGGAUUUGAAGUUACUGAUCAAAAGUGUCGAACAUGACAGAGCAAAGUACACAUAGACAUGAAAAUACCCCAGAGCUGAACUGUUACAGUUGGUUUUGUACAUCAUUUGAAAUGUCUUACUAAAAGGUAACUGUGUCCAAUUUCUUAUUUCAACCGCCUUAAACUUCUGGAUUAUCUAUAUAUCUGUAUUUUUCUUUAAUCUUUCAGUGUUGAUUUUUUUUAAGUCUUUUGCAUUUCAAUAGAUUCCAAAAGCUGUCAGAUUUAUAGAUAAACUAGCCAGUAUCUUACAUGUUUUUAUAUUGCAUAUUGUAGCACUCCUGUAUCUCAUCAAAUUUAGAAAUGUUCAGAAACCUGUGGACUGCAAACAGCUGGCGCUGAAGUACAUAAAAAACAUGAGCACAAUGAAAAAAAAAAAGUGUUUUUUAUUCUUAUUUUAUUUCUAAAUAUUAUGUUACCUGCUUUCAGACAAAUACUGUGAAUAAAAGGAAUAGGUGCACCCAUACCUUCACUUCCUUUACCACAAUUUAAUACUUGUCAUUGACAAUAAACUGUAAAGCCUUAUAACAUGAUAGAUUAAUAUGUAUAUAUAAAUACAUAUAUAUAUUCCUUUGCGUAAAGAGAAACAACUUUGCCAUUAUUUCAAAUAUUAAAAAGAGAUCAUGAGACAAACUGGUAUCUGUCUGUCACUCUCUCUGUUUAGUCUGCAUUCUCUGGCAGUGUUUAAGUUGGACGUGUUUGCUGCAACUUGGCACACAGUGUUAUUUUACUGAUUUUAAACUUGUUCACAGACUUCCUUUCACUACACUUCCUUCGCAGGAGUAAAUCUGUUUUAAUUUUUUGGCAACUGGAACCAUUAGGUCAUCUUGGUGAACUGAAUAAAGAUUUGUAAUCAGCCCAAUUUUAUCAACUUCCCUGUUGCUAAUGAAGACAACUUUGAAGGCAAAGAAAAUAUCUAUUAACUAUAUCAUUACAAUUCCAUGAAAGUGUUAAAACAGGAAUAUGGGCGAUAUGUAAAUGGUAAAAAUGUAUUUGUAUAUGUCUAUAUUCAAAUGAAAACAUACAAGUAGCUGAGACUUUUGUAAGAGUAGGAUAGCUGACACUUUAAGUGUCCCUUAACUUUUCAUUUGAUGUCAUGUUGGGAUAACAAGAAGGAAUGUGAUCACCUAGACUCAUAACCAUACCAAGUUGUGGUUAAAUCACAGCAAAGUGAAGGUAGAUUACCUUUACUGGCUACCUUUCAGAGUUCAGUCAGACCACACCCAGCUUAAGGUGGUUGAUCCGCAUAAAUCUACGGCAAUGAGAGCAAUUACUUUGUGUAAUUUAGCCCUGAGAGAGAGAGAGAG